UAUGAGAAGCCCAAUUUCUAUUUAUUUAGGGCCCAUAUUUGAUAUUAAGCAAGGCCCAACUCUCUUGUUCUUUUUCUCUCACUGUGUGCAACCAAACUCAUCUUUCUUCUUCAAUUUCCGGCCGACCGCCGCCUAUCGCAUCUCGCCGUCCUCGUUACGCGGCCACCUCUCGCCGUUUGCGCGUCUCCAUCCAUCCGACAUAUUCAGCUUCUUCUUGGGUGUAGUAAAGAUGGUGGAGACGCUUUUUGAAGAUAUAUUUCGCAUUGAUGCAAUAGACCCCGAUGGAAAAAAGUUUGACAGGGUCUCUCGCAUUUCUGCUAGGAGUGAGCAGUUUGACAUGCUGAUGCACCUUGAUGUCAACACUGAGAUUUAUCCUAUGCGUGCUGGGGAGAAGUUCAUGAUGGUAUUAGCAUCCACUCUGAACUUGGACGGAACGCCCGAUUCUGGUUACUACACUCCGGGUAACAAGAAAUCACUUGCAGACAAGUUCGACUAUGUCAUGCAAGGAAAAUUGUACAGAAUCUCCGAGGAAUCGAGAGAGAAGCAAGUUAAGGCGGAUAUUUAUGUCUCGUUUGGUGGACUUCUGAUGAUGCUCAAGGGGGACCCUUCCAUUGCUGCUAGAUUUGAGCUUGAUCAGAAGCUGUUUAUUCUAAUUAGGAAGGUGUGAAUUACAGAGCAAUGGAAAUGCCUCAACUUUCACAAGGGCAAACUUGUUCAAAACAUGCUCUUGGCUAACUGUAUUCGGCUUUAGAUUGGCAUGUAGUGUUUAUGUGAGGAGCUUAUUAAGGAAAAGAAUGAUUAUAUGUUAACGUAACUUGUGGAUUAUUGUGUGAGCAUUUUCAACCACUUUCUAAACAUGUGUUGUGCAAUAACUUUCCCUGGAAGGUUUAAGCUGAUUCUAUUUGAAGAUUCUCCUUUUAUA